AUGCCGGACCUCACCACGAUUCUGGGAUUGAGCGCAGUCGCCCUUCUGGGGUAUCUUCUCCUGUUCACUCUCCGCGUGAAACUGGAUCCCCGCGAGCCGCCUCUUGUUGCAAGCACAAUCCCACUGGUUGGCCAUCUGAUUUCCUUUCUCGUCCAUGGAAUUGGAUACUUUGCCGCAGAAAGUCGUAAAUACGCCUUGCCCAUUUUCACCAUGAAUAUCCUCAAGGAAAGAGUGUAUAUCAUUACUUCUCCAGACUUACUCCCGUCCGUGCGACAUAGUCGCAGCACCAUGUCAUUCGAUCCGCUCUUCACAGCCAUGGCCGAGAGGGCGGGGGGGAUUCGAAAACCUGGUCUGCAGCUUCUCCGGGAGGAAGAACGGGGGGGUAAGGGACUUGCUAAGAAAACGGUGGACGUGAUGCGCCCUGCGCUACUUGGAAACAAGCUGGACCAUCUAAAUGAGCAGAUGAUCCAUGUCCUCAAACCCAUCGUCGAUCAAGUGGCUUCGAUUCCUACCCGUUCAUUGGAUUUGUAUGAAUGGUGCAGCGAGGCACUCACGGUUGCUAGUACGGAUGCUAUCUAUGGCCCGUUGAAUCCUUACAAAUCUGAAGCUAUCAGACGAGCCUUCUGGGAUUUUGAAUCCAACUUAAGCCUGCUUCUCGUCGAUACGCUUCCCUGGUUGACUUGCCGGAAGGCCUGGAAAGGCAGAGAACAGCUGGUCCAGGCUUUUAUUCAGUUCUACCAAACGGAUGGUCAUCUUUCUGCAUCUGAUCUAGUCUAUGCUCGAUGGAAGGUUCAGCAAGAGGCUGGCGCAACUCUGGAGGAUAUCGCACGAUUGGAGAUCCUUACCGGGGUUGGAAUCCUCUCUAACACGGUCCCAAGUUGUUUCUGGCUGCUUUUUGAUAUAUUAUCUCGCCCGGAGUUAUUACGGACGAUACAGGAUGAGAUCCAGCAGAAUGCGGUCUCCAUCGACUCGACGGGGACCCAUACCCUUGAUUUAGCAGAUAUCCGGGGAAAGUGCCCGACACUCCUCUCGUCAUUCCAGGAGACUCUGAGAACGCGAUCGAACUCCGGUCAACUCCGUGUGAUAUACCAAGAUACACUGUUAAAUGAUCACUGGCUCUUGAAGUCUGGUUCGAUCCUCCUGAUUCCCGCGCCAGCCAUCAACACAAAUAGCUCGGCGUGGGGGUUGGAUUCCGGGACAUUCGACCCUCAGCGCUUUACCAAGACUGCUCAGAUGACGGACAAGAAAUUAAAGGCAUCUGGGUUUUUAUCCUUUGGGCUAUCUCCCCACAUCUGCCCUGGGCGGCAUUUUGCAACAGGAGAGAUCCUGGCUCUCGCUGCAUUACUUAUUGUGCGAUAUGAUAUCAGCCCCAUGCAUGGCUCUUGGACCGAACCAAAACCGAAUGCGAGGGCAGUCGCUGCAUCGCUUCCUCCUGCAGCUGAAAAAGUUGAGGUGACUGCCGUCGAGAGAGAGAAAUAUAAGGGUGUAGAAUGGCAGACGACGGUGACCCCGGGGAAGGGGACAUACGGCCUGAUCAUUGGGUAA